AUGGUGCUUAGAACCCACAAUAACAACACAGACUCUGAUGGACCUGAGCGCAGACUCAGCCAUGUAUCCAUAAAAAGUCACAAUUCUAUGGAUAAAUACAUUGAUUUAAAGGGACAACCUUCUUCAAACAGUCUCCAGUGCCUACAUCAUCUCAAGUCUAACCUAAAGAAGAAGUUCCAACAUGUGUUUGAGGGGACUGAUAAAGCAGGAAACCCAACCCUCCUGAAUGAGAUCUACACAGAGCUCUACAUCACAGAGGGAGGGGCUGCAGAGGUCAAUGAUGAACAUGAGGUCAGACAGAUUGAAACAGCAUCCAGGAAACCAGACAGACCAGAAACAACAAUCAGACAAGAAGACAUCUUUAAAGGCUCACCUGGAAGAGCUGAACCAAUCAGAACAGUGCUGACAAAGGGAGUGGCUGGCAUUGGGAAAACAGUCCUAACACAGAAGUUCAUUCUGGACUGGGCUGAAGGCAAAGCCAACCAAGACAUCCAGUUCAUGUUUCCAUUGACUUUCAGAGAGCUGAAUGUGCUGAAAGAGAAAAAGUUCAGCUUGGUGGAACUUGUUCAUCACUUCUUCACUGAAACCAAAGAAGCAGGAAUCUGCAGCUUUGAAGACUUCCAGGUUGUGUUCAUCUUUGAUGGUCUGGAUGAGUGUCGACUUCCUCUGGACUUCCACAACACUGAGAUCCUGACUGAUGUUACAGAGCCCACCUCAGUGGAUGUGCUGCUGAUAAACCUCAUCAGGGGGAACCUGCUUCCCUCUGCUCGCCUCUGGAUAACCACACAACCUGCAGCAGCCAAUCAGAUCCCUCCUCAGUGUGUUGGCAUGGUGACAGAGGUCAGAGGGUUCACUGACCCACAGAUGGAGGAGUACUUCAGGAAGAGAUUCAGAGAUAAGAAGCAGGCCAGAAGAAUCAUCUCCCACAUCAAGACAUCACGAAGCCUCCACAUGAUGUGCCACAUCCCAGUCUUCUGCUGGAUCACUGCUACAGUUCUGGAGGAUGUGCUGAAGACCAGAGAGGGAGGAGAGCUGCCCAAGACCCUGACUGAGAUGUACAUCCACUUCCUGGUAGUUCCGACCAAACCAAAGAAGGUCAGGUUUGCAGAACAAGAAGACAUACCCAUUUGCAGGAGAAAGGUGAUUGAGUCUCUGGGAAAACUGGCUUUUGAACAGCUGCAGAAAGGAAACCUGAUCUUCUAUGAAUCAGACCUGACAGAGUGUGGCAUUGAUAUCAGAGCAGCCUCAGUGUACUCAGGAGUGUUCACACAGGUCUUUAAAGAGGAGAGAGGGCUGUACCAGGACAAGGUGUUCUGCUUCAUCCAUCUGAGUGUUCAGGAGUUUCUGGCUGCUCUUCAUGUCCAUCUGACCUUCACCAACUCUGGAGUCAAUCUGCUGGAAGAACAGCAAACAACAUCCUGGUGGUCUAAAAUAUUUAAAAAAAAACCUAGACUAAAAUAUCUCCAUCAGACAGCUGUGGACAAGGCCCUACAGAGUCCAAAUGGACACCUGGACUUGUUCCUCCGCUUCCUCCUGGGUCUUUCACUGCAGACCAAUCAGACUUUCCUACAAGGCCUGCUGACACAGACAGGAAGUAGCUCACAAACCAAUCAGGAAACAGUUCAGUACAUCAAGAAGAAGAUCAGAAAGAAUUCUUCUGCAGAGAAAAGCAUCACUCUGUUCCACUGUCUGAAUGAACUGAAUGAUGGUUCUCUAGGGGAGGACAACCAGCAGUCCCUGAGAUCAGGAAGUCUCUCCACAGAUAAACUGUCUCCUGAAAAAGUUCUCAGCUCCCGGUCCUCUAAAUUGAGAGAACUGGACCUGAGUAACAACAACCUGAAGGAUUCAGGAAUAAAGUCUCUUUCUGUUGGAUUGAAGACUCCACAGUGUCGGCUGAAAAUUCUUAGCCGGAGAAGGGUGGAGAGCCCACUCCAGCUCAGGGACAAGUUGCUGGCCCAGGUGGAGGAGUCCAACUAUCUUGGGGUCUUAUUCAUGAGUCAUGGGAGAAGGGAGCGGGAGAUUGACAAAUGGAUUUGGGCUGUGUCUGCAGUGAUGCGGAUGCUGCACUGGGCUAUCAUGUUGAAGAAGGAGCUGAGCACGAAAGGGAAGCUACUGUCAGAUUGUAUGAUCAGAGAAGAAGGAUGUGCUUCUCUGGCUGCUGUACUGAAAUCCAACCCCACGCAUCUGAGAGAGUUGGACCUGAGUGACAAUGACCUGCAGGAUUUAGGAGUGACGUCUCUGUCAGUUGGACUGAAGACUCCACACUGUAGACUGAAAAUCCUUAGGCUGGACCAUGGUGGAGAGAAGAGGAUAAAACCUGGUCUGAGGAAGUAUUUCUGUCAGCUUGAAGUGGACACAAACACAGUGCACAGAAACCUCAAACUGUCUGACAGCAAGAAAACGAUGACAGUAGUGGAUGGCGAGCACCCGGAUCAUCCGCACAGAUUUGAAUACUGCUGGCAGCUGCUGUGUAAAAAUCAGCUGACUGGUCGUUGCUACUGGGAGGUCGAGUGGGGAGGAGGGAUUUAUUUAUCUCUGAGUUACAGCACAAUCACAAGGAAAGGAUAUAUUGAUGACUGUAGGUUUGGAUGGAAUGAUAAAUCUUGGAGUUUAUUCUGCUCUGAUAAUGGGUACCAUGUUUGGCACAAUAAUACAAGAACAUCCAUCUCCUCCUCCUCUGUCUCUAACAGAGUAGCAGUGUAUGUGGACUGUCCUGCUGGCACUCUGUCCUUCUACAGAGUCUCCUCUGACACUCUGAUCCACCUCCAC